AUGAAUGGGAGUCUUAAUAAAAUAGCUGAUAAAACCCUUAUUAAAUUUGCAGGAAAAAUUUAUAUUUUUAUUUUCUCAAAAUUUAAUAAAGUGAACUCCUGUGAAGAUCCUUUAUCUGAAUGAAGUCUUGCUCAUGAAUUUAAGAAUGGAUUGUUAUGUCCAAAGUUGAACCAAAUACCUUUAAUUUACACAUAUUUUGAGGGAUCAAUUUAUUAUCUUAAUGGCUCAGCAUAUAUAAAUUUAAGAUGAAAAAUUUUAAACAGAAAGAAAUCAAAGACUUUGAAAAUACAAAAAAUUAAUAAAUUCAGAAUUUUAUAA